AUGACGGGCCUGUUUCUGGAGCAGGCCAGGAGCGAGUACUUGGACGACGUGCAGGACAGGUAUGAGAAGAUGAAGGAGUCAUCCAAGGCUUUCCUGAUCACCCAGUAUGGCCUCUCGUGCUUCGAGCACGUGCCAGGCGGCAGCGGCGGCGAGGGCGGCGGGCGCGAGGCGUACGUGGCGCGCACCUUUAACUUCUGGAUCUUCCCGCAGCCCGUGCCCAGCAGCCUGGGGUCCCUGGUGCCCGAGGCCGUGGCCAACCGGCGCUUCACCUGCGAAGCUGGCAGCAUGGCCUUCCUGAGCGAGCAGGCGCGUGCUCCCUGCGCACACACCAGCCUGCUGCUGGGAGAGGGGCGGCUGCCGCCAAGGGGUGGCCGCAUCGCGUAUGGGUGCUGGCGCCGGCAGCCAGCGCCCACCGGCAUGCUGCCGGCCAAGACGGGAUCACCCCGAUGCUCGGGCGGAACCGCAACCGAGCGACACACACGGGCACUUCUCACAGGCUUUGACUUCAACAAAUGCAUUGGCCAGGGCAUCCCCUUCAUGGCCAGCCGCCAGAGGGACAACGUGCUCGCUCAGGUCGAGCGCGCCCGUGAGCGGGGAGCGUCGGACCAGUUCUCCUCUCAGCCCAAGGUGGAGGUCACAGACGAGGCGGACCUGGCCUUUGCACUGGCAGGGCCGCGUUUCACGGCCGAUGGGCACCGGGGCUUCAUCAUCCGGAAGGUGGAGCAGCGCAACCGCGCCCCGACGCUGGUCCUCAUCCGCGCCGCCGACGCGGCCGCCGCGGCGGCGCUGGAGCGCCAGCAGUCGGAGCAGCAGGUCGCGGCGGUCCACGAGGCGGCGGGGUUUGCGGCCGUGUUUGAUCUCAUGCGGAAGAGCGGCAAGCCCGCGGUGGGCCACAACCUGGCUUUUGACCUGGCCUACAGCCUCAUCAGCUUUGCAGAGGGCUGGCUGCCAAACACGUGGCGGGAGUACCGACAGCUGGCGCGCACAUGGCUGCCUGGCGGCGUCUACGACACCAAGUAUGUGUCCCGGCAGCUGCCCGAGGUGUUUGGGCGCGAGACGAGCCUGUCUGACGUGUACGCGGGGCUCGUGGAGGGCGGCAGGGAGCUGGAGGUGGAUGCGCUGUUCGCGCGGGCGGCGGCGGCGGCGGCGCGCGCCGGCGCUACUGCGGAGGCGGCGCAGCUGCCGCAGAUCACGCACGCGGCUGGUUUUGACAAAUACAGGGGCCUCGCCCCAGGGGCCAAGGCUCACGAGGCUGGCUACGACGCGUACAUGACGGGCGCCGCCUUCGCCUGCCUGCUGCCCCUGCUGCGCGCCAAGGCCGCCGCCGACCCCGGCUUCCUCCCCCGCCUCGGCGCGGCGCCCCCGCCCCCACCCUCGGACGGCGAGCAGCAGCAGCAGCAGCAGCAGCAGCAGGAAGAGCAGCAGGAGGCCCGGGAGGGGCCAGGGGCACCGGGUCCGCUGGCGAUUGUGGAGGGGCUGAAGGGGCGCGUCAACCUGACGUACUCCGACAUGCCUUACGUGGCGCUCUGGGGCGAGGACCCGCUCCCGCAGCGGCCGACGGCGGCACACAUCAGCUGGGAGGAGGGGGGGCUGAGCGACGAGGACGGCGCGAGCGCCGCGAACGGUGGCAACGGCGGGCUGCGGCGCGGGGACACGGUCAAGCUGGUGGUGCGGCGGCUGCAGCAGGUGCUGCCACGCGGCGAGGACGGCCGGCCCGCGAAGGUCCGGCUGACGCUGCUGUCGCGCAACACAGCCCUGGCAGAGCUCGAGGACGCCACAGCGGUGGCCCUGCUCGCGGCAGAGCUGCCCCGCAGCGGCGGCGCCGUCAGUGCCGUGCCCUACUGGCAAUACGCAUCCGAGCGCUACGCGCGCUUCGCGUCGGAGUCGGCCGCGACGGCGGUGGCGGCGGUCGGGACGAUACGCGCGGCAGGGGCGGCGGCCGACGGCGACGCGCAGCGCGCGGCGAAGCGACUGCGGACGCUGGAGGUCGAUGCGGCGGCGGGCGGCGGCGCAGGGGCGAUGGAUGUGGAUGGGGGCCAGGGGGCAGGGUCAGGCGGGACGCCGGCGGCCAGCAGGUGCUCUAUUAUGUGA